AUGUACGACCCAAAUUCACCGAUAUUGGAUUUCUACCCCCUCAAAUUCGAGCAAGACCUAAAUCGGAAGAAGCAAGAAUGGCAAGCGAUCGUUAAGAUUCCCUUCAUUGAUGAGCAGCAGCUGUUACAAGCAAUGCAUUCCCGAGAACAUAGGUCCGCCGCAAUGACUUUGGAAUCAGUACUAAAUCUUUCUUCAAUCCUGGAGAAUCCACAGUCUAACCUUCAUAGUUGCCAGACUUCUUCCCUCCCAUAUAUUAUUGCACGUGCAAGAUGGAAUCCUUCGAUUUACCAACUCUUGAUGGACUCCAUCUCGUCUCUGGACUAUGUGAAGGUGCAUUCCUCGGUGCGGAAGCCCUCGCUGGAUACAUACGAGAAGUUGGUAAUCGUACCUGGCACCCCGGAAAAGGCUGUUUCAAAUCUGCAUUCCCACCAGGGCUUAAGCCAUUGGAAAGGCAAAGCUGAGCGGAUUGAGACGAUAUAUUCAAAGAAAUGUGGAGUGAUCACUAGUGACGUCGAUGUCCUAGUGCACACCCGUCUGCUAAAAGAUUUGAAACGCUUGGAAUCAGGCGCAUCAGUUAAGGACUACGAAGGACCCGAAAAAGAACUUGAACAAGCUGUCUAG